UACUGGAUUGGUGGGGAGCAUUAGUGCGGCGGGCGCGCAACUAGCUGCCCGCUUACUUUCAAUUGACCCUAAUCAAAACUGAGGUCGAUAACCCUUUGCUCAAGUCUAAACAUUCGAUGGAAAUUUAAAAAAAUGGGAGAAGUGCAAAUAACAGGGGACAUAAAAAUCGGAGGUGACAAUCCGUGCUUUAUAAUCGCAGAGGUUGGCCAAAAUCACCAAGGUGACAUUGAAAUAGCGAAAAAACUAAUAAAAGCCGCCAAGGAAGCUGGUGCCAGUUGUGUAAAAUUUCAAAAAACAUGCCUCAAAGAGAAAUUUACGAAAAAGUAUUUAGAGCGUUCUUACGACAACCAAAACUCCUGGGGCAAAACAUACGGAGAUCAUAAAAGACAUUUGGAGUUUUCCGAAGCUCAGUAUAGAGAACUAUUUAAAUAUGCCCAAGAAGUCGGAAUUCCCUUUACAGCGUCUGCAAUGGAUAUGGUAUCCUUUGACUUCUUGGUAAACCUAAAGGUACCCUUCAUAAAAAUCGGUUCCGGUGACUCCAAUAACUUGCUGUUUCUAAAGUAUGCAGCGAGUAAGAUGGUACCGCUCAUUAUAUCGACUGGGAUGGUCGACAAAACUGCUGUGAAAACAAUAUAUGACAUAGUAUCGGCAAAUCAUAAACGUUUUUGCCUCUUGCAUUGCAUAUCGGCGUACCCAGUGCCAUUUGAAGACUGUAAUUUGACUGUGCUGCAAGAUUACAAGAACACUUUUGACGUACCUGUCGGAUAUUCUGGUCAAGAGCUGGGUACUGCAGUUGGGUUAGCAGCGGUUGCAUUGGGUGCUAAGGUGUUAGAAAAACACAUCACAUUAGAUAAGACUAUGAAAGGUACCGAUCAUGUCUGCUCCUUGACACCAGUCGAGUUUAAACAACUUGUUAAAGACGUCAGAGUCAUAGAGGCAUCGCUCGGCACACCUAUCAAGAAAGUUGUCACAUCUGAGAUACCGUGCAUUGAUAAACUGCAAAAAUCCCUUGUAAUGGGUUGUACGAAGAACAGAGGAGAAAUAUUAUACCCCGGUGACCUUAAAAUUAAAGUUGCUGAACCAAAAGGAUUAAAUGCUCUGCAUUUUGACGAAGUGAUUUACAAGACUCUCGUUUAUGAUAAGAAAGAAGACGAGCCGUUGAACGAAGGAGACUUUUGUUAAAAAUGUUUAUGAAACUUAAGAAAGAGUAAUGUGACAAAUGGCUGCUCGAUUAUUAGAGUUAAAAAAUAAUUCGCGUAAUAAAAAUGUAUAAUUUGUAUUUUAUAAUGGUAAAGUUUUGUCGGACACGUCAUUUAUACUUUGACAGAUAUUUUGUGAGAAUAUAAUACUCAAAAUUGAA